AUGAAGAGCCUUUUCAAGAGACAUCAGGAAAAAGAAGUAUCGGGAUCAGACUUGGUCCACGACGAGGACGAAACCUGGAAUGGUACUGAGACAGAGCAAUCUUUCCAGUCCGACAUCACAGGCCAGACCCCAGAAUCUCGCAUUGUGCACGUUCAGUACCAGGACUAUUGGAAUCAACAUACGACAAUCCGUCUCCUUGACACCGAUCAGACAACCGUCAUGUACACGGUAGAAGCGAGAUAUCGGAAACCGCAGAUGACGAUCCGAUCAAACGCCAGCAAUGCCGAAGUGGCUACUGUGGACUUCCACGUCCUGACGACUCGGAUUGAUAUGAGACUGCAUGGGCAGCCACUCUCUCUCGAUUCCUCCGGGCUUCUGAAGACCCAUUACUCGUACGCCUCUCAGGAACUUCACGGGGAGAAAAUGACAUGGAGACCCCGGAAAAAGAUUGAUGACUUGAACAUGGUGCUUUUGGACGGUCAGGGGCUGGCCAUGGCUAGAUACAAGCCAAACUACAAGGGUUUGAAGCGUGGUGGCACCCUGGAAUUGCUUUCUCCAUGCUGGAGAAGCGACGCGGUGUUGGAGGAGGUCAUCGUCAUGUUUCUGGCCGUGAUGCAUUACAAGGAGUGCCUGAGGAUGAAUGCGGCCAUAGCAUCAGGCACUGCGUAG